AUGGGAAGUAAGUCUUGCCUUUCUCUCUUGAAGGUUUUCAAACCAUACCAGGCAUCCCAGCAUGACAUGUGCCGAUUCCACUCUGAGGACUACAUAGACUUCCUGCAGAGAGUGAGUCCCAACAACAUGCAGGGAUUCACCAAGAGCCUCAAUGCCUUCAACGUGGGGGAUGACUGCCCAGUGUUUCCAGGCCUCUUUGAAUUUUGCUCUCGCUAUACCGGAGCCUCCCUGCAGGGAGCAACACAGCUGAACAACAAGAUCUGUGACAUUGCAAUAAACUGGGCAGGGGGCCUGCAUCAUGCCAAGAAGUUUGAGGCUUCUGGGUUUUGUUACGUCAAUGACAUAGUUAUCGGCAUCCUGGAGCUGCUCAAGUAUCACCCACGUGUGCUGUACAUUGAUAUUGAUAUCCACCAUGGCGACGGGGUGCAGGAGGCUUUCUACUUGACAGACCGUGUCAUGACAGUGUCGUUUCAUAAAUAUGGGAACUAUUUCUUUCCUGGUACAGGUGACAUGUAUGAAGUUGGUGCAGAGAGCGGGCGUUACUACUGUCUCAAUGUGCCUCUGCGGGAUGGCAUUGAUGACCAAAGUUAUAAACACCUCUUCCAGCCAGUCAUUAACCAGGUGGUAGAUUACUAUCAGCCCACCUGCAUAGUGCUGCAGUGUGGUGCUGAUUCUCUGGGUUGUGACCGUUUGGGUUGUUUUAACCUCAGUAUAAGAGGACAUGGGGAGUGCGUGGAGUAUGUGAAGAGCUUCAACAUCCCCUUGCUGGUGCUGGGAGGAGGUGGUUACACAGUCCGCAAUGUGGCACGUUGCUGGACUUAUGAAACAUCAUUGCUUGUAGAUGAAGCCAUUAGUGAAGAGCUCCCUUACAGUGAGUACUUUGAAUACUUCGCUCCAGACUUUACCCUUCAUCCUGAUGUCAGUACAAGGAUUGAAAAUCAGAACUCCAGGCAGUACUUGGACCAGAUCAGGCAGACAAUAUUUGAGAACCUUAAGAUGCUGAACCAUGCUCCCAGCGUGCAGAUCCAUGAUGUCCCCUCUGACUUGCUCAGCUAUGAUCGCACAGAUGAACCUGAUCCAGAGGAAAGAGGCUCUGAGGAAAACUACAGCAGGCCUGAAGCUGCCAACGAGUUCUAUGAUGGUGACCACGAUAACGACAAAGAGAGUGAUGUUGAGAUCUGA